AUGAAUGAUAGAAUAACCCAUCCAUUUACUAUCAUAGUGCCUAAAGCUGCAGCUGCAACCAAAGAAAAGAAGACCACUGCCAAGAAGGCUGCUGCCGGCACCGGUGGCAAACGAGUAUCCCCAUACAACCAAUUCAUGAAAACUGAACUCGCUAAAGUCAAACUCUCGCACCCAAAUUUGAAUCAUCGUGAGGCUUUCAAGAUGGCUGCAGGAAACUGGAAGAACGCACCAGAAAACCCUUCCAACUCUAAAGGCGAUGAAUAA